AUGGAAGGCCACAACUCGUUCCAGUUCGGCGUCGAGCUGGAGUUCCUGCUGGGAAGCCGGAAGAAGGUCCACCAUAACUGGAAGUCCCUCGCCAAAGACUUGAGCAAGAGGCUCCAGAAGGCGGGCAUAAGCAACCACGUCAACGACGGGAACGACAAGUCCUGGGAGAACUACCGGGAAUGGUCCAUCGUGCAGGAAGUCACCAUCCCCAGCCAGCCAGCCAAGAACCUAUGGGGCAUCGAGCUCGUCUCCCCCGUCUACCCAAUCUACAGCUACUGGGCCGCCGACCUAGACACCAUCUUCACGGCCCUCCACAAGGCCUUCUCCCUCGUCCCGUCCCCGCACUGCAGCACCCACGUCCACGUCUCGGGCGCGCCCGACCCGCUCUCCCCCGCCGACCUCGCCGCCCUGGCCAAGUCGGCGCUCUACCACGAGCCGGCCUUGGACCUCCUCUUCCCGCCCGCCCGCCGCGCGGGGCAGUACUGGUGCCGCAGCAUCCGCGCCAGCGAGGCGCUGGGGGGCGUUGCGGCGCUGGGGGACUGUCUCGCCGUCGUGGACCGCGCUGCUGCUGCUGCUGCGGGGGGUGGUGGGUAUGCGGGAGUCGUAGAGGCGGUGAAUCUUUUCCCGGCGGCGAGUCCGUAUGGGCGCGCGCAUGGGUGGAAGGCGGAUGCGGUCAGGGGGAAGGUGUACAAGUGGGAUUUCUCGCGCAUGGUUGGCGCCGAGGAGGGGGCGGGUGCGGGUGCGGCGACGGUGGAGUUUAGACAGCCGCCUGGCCAGAUACUUCAGCUCAUCUUCACGACCUCGAGCCAGUGA